AUGAAUAACCAACAACCUAUUCAAUAUCAACCUCAACAAAUACCAAUACAGCAGCAACAACAACAAAAUGCUCAACAACAACAACAACGACCUACAACAACAAAUAUUGUAUCACCAAUUCAAGUACAACAACAACCACAACAACCACAACCACAACAACCACAACAAAAUCCAUCAUUAAUUAGCCCAAGGAAUACUACAAAGAACACUACAAUAUCAUCGAAUGCAUCACCUAUAAAUCCAAUUACAUCUCCUCUACCAACUACAACAAUGUUAACACAAAAUCUAUUAUCAAUUGAAAAUAAAGCAACACAAUUAAAACAAAUAAAUAAAGAAAUAUUUAGAUUAUUAAAAAUUACAACUCCAACAACCUCCACUUCAUCAUCAUCAUCAUCAUUAAUACAAGAUAAUAAUGAUAAUAAUAAUGAUAAUAAUAAUAGUAGUAGUAAUGAUAUAAAUUCAUUAGAAUAUUUUAAAAAUGUACAUUUAUUAAAUCAAUAUAAAACUAAAGUUUACGAAUUGAUAAAAGAACUUCAAAAUGAUUUAGUUAAUCAAAAUCCAAAUACUUACUUUUUAACACCAGUUUUAAAUGAUCAACAAGAUACUUUAUUUUAUGAACCUCCUUUACCAAUUGCAAACAAUAAUAAUAACAAUAAUAAUAAUAAUAAUACAACAGAGUCAUUAAAUCCAGAAGGUAGUAAUGAACUAAAUAAUUCAGAGAAAAUGAAGUUACCAUUCACAGCUGAACAACAUAAUACGAAAUUAUUUAUUGAAAAGUUUCAACAACAUUUAACAGUAGAAACAGUUCAAAAACAAUUACAAGAAUGGGAUUCCGUUUCAAAAGAUCGUGAUAAAUUAAAUAAGAAUGCCGAUAGAGUUAAACAAACACUUUUUAAUGAUAAAAAUAGAUAA